CGGGGGUAUCCGAUGACGCUAAUAGUUGACUAGUUCAUCACGUUGUUGACAGAGGAAUUGACAAAGUAAACACCACCUGUUUGUCUAAAGCAAGGCAAGUUCUAUCCCAGCAAACACACAACAUUGCUCGAUGUGGGAUUCUGGUCAUGAUGUGGCUGGCCAAAAUCAACCUAAAUCCCACGUCAAUUUGAUGUGGAUACCCUGUGCGUAUGACACAGCUUAGGUUACAGUAAAGAGAAAUAUGAGAUCUCUAACAGAAGUUUGCCAGUAUGGCGGAAGUUUUGCGGGUGCCUCGAAUUAGAGCCAUGAAGAAAGACAGUAACCAUAGUAACAGUGGGGAGAAGGUGGCUUCCCGACCUUCAUCAGCAAGUUCUGUCUCCUCAAAAUCUUCAUCACAGAAGAGAGAAAAACAUAAAGAAAAAGGCCCAACUCGUGAUGAGCUUAUUGAUGCAAAUACUGAACUGUCUGCUGAGGUUGAAGCUCUGAAUACAGAAAAUCAACUAUUGAAGUCUACCAUUACUGCAUUUAUUGAUAAGCUAAUUGAAAAUGCUAAGAUAAAGGGUGUUCGUGUUCCACACUCUCUUGACAACCCCAAUGUUGCGGAAAUACCUGCUGAUACAUUAGUGACAUUGACAGAGAAAUUGACAGCAGAAUCUCGUAAAAGUGAUACUGUAGAAUUUCGGGUGGAAGAGUUAGAAACUCGGAUUACUCACUUAAAUACAGAGCUUGCAAAAUUAUUAAGAACACGGGUAAAUGUCGAGAAUGGAUUGGAUGAACUGCUAAAAGACUGUAAAAGUGCAGAUGAAAUGAAAAAGAAAGCUCAGGAUUUAAUGAGGGAUGUCAGAAGCACCAAGCUGUUCACAUUCCUGGACUCCGUGCCUCUCCCUGAUUCCCACCCUGGGGACGUGACUCCCCUGCAAGCCGGGUCGUGCCCAAGGACAUCCACACCCAGAACCCAGGGGCCAGCCCAGCACCCUCAUAAAACCAUCACUGUUAUACUUAAGGAUGAAAACCUCAAUCUUACACCACCGGCGGUCAAGAUGGCAGGCGACACCCAUAUCAAAAACAUGCACAAAGAUCUCCGACAGUAUGUCAUACAGCAGCUGAGUCUACCAAAGGGAAGCGGAGCUGACUGGAGGUUGAUGGGAGAGAGGUUGGGGAUUCCUGAGGAGACUAUCAGCCAAUGGAAACGCUGGAAACUUGACCUGCCCAUGUACUAUGUGUUACAGUCCUGGAGUCAGAGUGCUGGUGCGUCCGUCAGGAUGCUGCACAGACACCUUGUAUCACCACAGAUGAGGUGUACCCUUCUCGCAAAGAGAAUAAGUGACUUUUACAAAGUUGACUAACCUUGUAUUACCGCAUAUAAGCUGUACCCUACGUGCAAAGAGAAUUAGAAACACCAUUUCAGUGAAACAUUUUUCAGAUUAUACCAAAUAUCCAAUAUAUUUUGUUUAUGAAGUGAAUAACAAAUAGAAAUAAUCUAAAAUUCAAGGUUUUAUUAUGAUUUCUGCAUUGGCUCGGGGGACAAAAACAAUAAUUGAUGGAUGAUAUUAGCUCCUGUAUGUAUAUAUAAAUAAUUAUAUAUCCAGGGUAUUCAGAUGUGCAUUCACAUUGUGUAAGUGCCUUAACUUUAACAGUGUCAUUAGUUAUACAUAUUUAAAAUGCCAUCUUAGUUUAGAAAGAAUAUAGCUAUUUUGUUUAAUCAUAUUUCAAUGGCAUUUUAUCAUUGCAUUUAUAACAUUUAUCUUAUUAAUUUGUCAUUUAAUAUAGAUAGAUUUUAACAAAUUGUGUUCAAUUAAUAUGUAGAUUUUGAAGCUUGUUAGAGUCUUAAAGUAUACAUCUGAGUAAAAUAUUGCUAAAGUUUUAUAAGUAUUUUACAAUCAGUAUUUCCCACAGACCCAUUUGGGAUGUUGGUGCCAACAUGUCUUGAAAGGCUGGGCUGGCAUUCUGACAAUUUUUAACUGCAGCAACAUGCUGAAUCGUGUUCAACGAUGUGUGAUAAAAACCUGCUAGUUGCUUCCAUGACCCUACAGACAAUUUUUUAAAAUGUUGUUACUUUAAAUGUUGAAACAAGCUAAAAUAUAUGUCAAAUUGAAGAAUAAAGUAAGACUUUUUUUUAAGAUAAUAAGGAAGCAGUCUCCUUACCCACCCAGUUAUUAUUGACGUCCCUUUAAAAAGUUGUAUGUGAAAUACUGUAACAGUAAAUUAUAUCCCAAAGUAAACAUGAUGCCUUAUACUUUUGUUAUUUGUUUGGUGCUGCUAGAUUGUUUUGUUGUUAACUUUUUUAUUUAAAAUACACAUUUAGUCUUUGUUGUGUUUACAUUGUUGAGAAUUUUUUUACACUGAGCAUUUAUAUAUAAUUUUAUGAAGUAUCCUGGUUGAAUUAACGUAUCUUAUGUACAAAUAAACUCUUCAUUUUAUAGAGCCAUUUGCGAUGAUGUGAAAGUUUGAUGCCUGCUGAACCUAUAACAUAUUUGUAUCAUUUGAAAGAGAGUUGCUUGCUCAUAACUUAUAUGUCAAACAAAUGACUGGAGUUUCCCCACUCUACUCUCUACCCCCUUUCCAAUGAUACCAAAACAACAUGGGGUAACCAGGCAACCAGAAUUCACAUACAAUGUAAUUGUACACCAUAUAUCUUGAACUAAAGUCUGACUUUAAGCUGCAUUUCGGGUAUUUUUGACGUUUCUUUAUUUUGUGUGUUCAGGUUUGUUGUCUGCUGCCGUUAUAGUUAUAGCUAUUGUCACACAUGUAACCAUUAGAAUACUUUAUAAUUCAAGAAACCCACACAAAAGUAGCAGACAUACAUGUUUGUACCAUAAUUAUGUAGCCAUUUUGAUACAUAUUAUCCAAUGAAAACAUCUAUAUUUGUGGGCUUAACAAAUUUUCUUUAACGUAAGUUAAUGUGGAUGAUUUGUUAGUUAUUUAUUCCAAAAUGUAUAAAAAAAAUAAUUUGUAAAGGUAGAUAAAUGAUGGUGUUAUUGAAGUGACAACCUUUGCUUGUAAGGUCACUUUACCUUGUUUUUAUUACAUGAUAUUUCUGUUCUGUGAUUUACGUUUUAUGGAACCAAGGUUUUUAAAACAACAAAAUCCCUGUUUUUUUAAAGUGAGAUUUCUUAACUUAAUUAUUUAUACAAAAAUGUUUUAGCCUUGUUUUUCAUAAAAUUUUUUGGUGAAAACCAGGCCGAUGGGCGGGCUGGCAUUCAGGCAUAACUGAUUUGGCAAUUUUGUCUUAAAAACAUUUUUCGUGUUGUAAUUCAACACAUUUUAUCCGAUCUUCAGAAAACUUUGUUAAAAUAUUUAUCUGUAGGAUUUUUAAGACCAGUGUGAAUAUGGGUCAUGUCUGUAAAAAACGAGUUCAAGUUUUUAACAUAAUUUUGUGUUAAAGUUUCUUACUCUUUUCAUAAAUGUAACAGUGGUCAUCCGAUCUUCUAGAAACUCAGUUAGAACAUUUCUCAGCAUGAUAUUUUGUACCAGUGUGAAUAUUGGUCAGCAGUAUUUCCUUUUCUUUUUUUCUCUUUUUUUUUUAUUAACAUACAUCCUGCUGCAAAUUCCCUAUGUCAAAAUGACAAAUCCAGCUUUAAUGCAUUUUCAACAUUAACCCAUUUUCAUACGUGAAGCAAGAUGAGGUUCAACACAUUUUUGGAUGACAUUUAAAUGAAAAACAAUGUUGUAAUCACCAAACACCUUGGUUUUAUCUAACGAAAAACAUGCUCUGUUAAUUCUACACCUUUCCAAAUACACAAUAGCUUAGUGAUUUAUUUUACACUACUAAGUCUUAGGGUAGAUAUCACACACUUACUCACAAACAGUAUUAUAUAUAACACCUGUUAUUUUUGUAAUAAAUUAAAAAUUAAC